GUUGUACAGGUCUUGGACUUUCCAUCAUCACCAAGAAGAUACCAUCACCGCGUGUUUAUUACACGUUCUUUCCAGGGCAAUUGUUUACUGAGCUUUGAAGCAUCAACUCUUACGCCAAAUCUUACUUCUCAUGGCUCGCUCUCUCACGAAUAAUCUACUAACCUCCGGUAGAGGAGUGGAAUUACCAGCAGAUAUAUGCUUGCGCGUUGUCGACCUGGUUAUUCAUGACGCACCCAAGAAUAUCGUCUUAUUACUCAAGCUUUCGCGUGUAAGUUAUGCACAUACUCAUUUUAUACAUCAUCCAUCCCCCCUGCCAGUCACCAUAACCAUUCCCGAUCAACUAACUUCUUCCAGUCCUUCAAAAAGCUCAUCAAAGCAUACGAACGAGCACUCACCAAAAAUGCCGCCAAACUCUACGCCAACUCCCAAGUAAAUCAACAAACCCACCUCAUCGCCCUCAGCCAACCCAAAUCCAACCGCUCAUGCCUUGCGCCAAACUUCCACCUCAACCACACAUUCGCCUGGCUCCUAGAAGUCCAAACACGUUCCAGAACAACCCAAGAAAUAAUCCAAGACCCCAUUUCCCAAUGCCACACCCCCACCAUCUACUGGGCUAACGGCACAAGUUUCGAUCCCCCCAGUCUUCCCAUCCCCGCCCCAGAACUCGAAAUCCGCAUCGUAAAAUUCAAACAAGAAGCGCUAAAACUCCUCUACGAACUCCUCGACGCAACACAAGGUAUCCAAAACGAAUGGCGCGCACGCACUAGACAAAUAAACCAUCUCGUGCAACUCAGCACCCCCGAACUAGCAAUCCUGUGCAUCUUCAUCCCAAUCCUCGGAUUUAACCUCCUCGAAAAAUUAAAAAACCAUAGCCAAUCACUCGAUACAAAAAGAGAAAUAAUAAUCUUCCAGCAUAAUCUCAUCCGUUACGGUCCUAUAGUCGCUUGGUUGCAUAUUUCCUCCGGGAUUAAAUGUGAGAGGAUGGGGCUGGGGAAGAUGAUGGUGUUGAAUGGAUGGUUUAAGGAGAAGCAGGUUGAGGGCGUGCGUUUGCUGAGGAGGUUUGAGAGGGGGGCGACUAGGGAGGCGAAUAUGAGUUUGCUGCUUUGGAGGGUUUUUCAGGAGAGGGGGGAUGUGAGUAGGGUUUGGGGGUGGGAAGUGGGGAGGGUUGUGGGGGUUGCGAGGGGUUGGUGGAGAAGAGGAUGCUAGCUUAUGUUCUUGAUUGAGUUGUUGGGUAUGGGGGAGAAGGGGGUUGGGGGCUGUGCUGUGCUGUGCUGUGCUGUGCUGUGUUCUUGCUAGUUUUGGGUGUGGUGGUGGCUCUGAUUACGAGUCGCGCGGGAUCGAAUAAUGUUUAUAUAUGAUGAAUGAGGAGGAUAUUCAU